GAAAUAUUUCUUCUGGCUUGCAACGACAGCGUUGAUAUCGAUACUAGCAAUUCAAUUGGCAAGAAAGGGGACUGCCAUUUAUAUCAGAUCAAUUCGGCUUGGGAAUUGCAAAACUCACGAGAAGGAAAUCCCCAAUUUUACUUGAACCAUCGCAGCAGGAGCUGUGUUGUUGAACGGAACUUGGGUUUGGAUAACGUCUAUCUGAGGUCGCUCAGGUGGAUUUAUCAGCGCAAGAUAGUGAAUAGCGGAGCACUUGGAAUCGCGAUUGUGCUAUACCUAUGGAACAAAGGCCUUAGUGUUCGGCAAAACUUGAGAGCAGAAAGAAGCGGAAUCCCUGUGAAACGAAGAAGAACCAACUGCGUUCUCCGGGGCGUAGCUGAGCGUAAGCGAUUUGCUCCAACUCGAGGAAGAAGGUUGCAGCUACGCAGUCUGUGUUGCGUUAAAAAGGAGAAGUUGCAGGACAAAGAGCAGUGUUCGAGGGAAAAUAGGAAAAUAACGGAGGCCAACAGAAGAACGACAAAACAACCCGCCUAUUUAUUUACCUCCCCGCCCGCGUCCUCCACCGGAAACUGAGCAGUUUAACCGUUGCUACGUGACAGACCUACGACCACGAGUCACACAAAAUAACAUAUAUACACACAAGCACACACUCUGCUUCCCCUCGCGGCGCGCUCUCUCUCAAACAAUUUAAUCCCUCCCCACCCCCAAUCCUCGGGCACCCCCCACCAGUACAAAGCAAAAAUGACCUACUUCCGCAUAACCCUCAUCCGCUCCGCCAUCGGCCUACCGCGGCGAACAACAGGCGUCCUCAUGGCCCUGGGCCUCAAGAAGCGUAUGCAAACCGUCUUCUACCCCGUAUCGCCCGAUGUGGCCGGGCAGAUCAUGAAAGUGAAAGAGCUGGUGGCAGUGCGGGAGGUCGAGCGGCCGCUGACGAAGCUAGAGGUGCAUUUGGAGCGGAAACCUGACCCGGGGUAUUACGUUGAGAAGAGAGCGGAUGAGGUUUUUAGGGCGAAGAGGGAGGCGUGAUGAUCUGGGGGGAUGGUUUUAUCACUUAGUUUAUUUGGGUUUUAUAUGUAUAUAUAGAUUUUGUUUGUUAUAAUGGGGUUGGUUGGCUUGGGCUGGAGGAACGGGGCAUACGGCCUUGCGAGCGAGUCCAACUACAGCCCCUUAUGUUUUUUUUUUUUUUUUUUUAUAUCAACCCCGUGGCCGGGAGCUGCAUUGCGUGUCCGUUUCUUCGCAAUCAUCACAUCACCACCAACCAUCCAUAGCACGCCCUGAUCAAUCUAGCAGAAGUAGAUUGGGCUAUUCCUCCCCUCCUCCCCCUUCUUUUGCGACAUGGACCAACACCGAUACACAUAAAUAUCCACAAACUACCUUGGUAACAUGGAUAAACAGAUCGGUCCGUUUCGAACGUGCCUUACCCGACCUCUCGACGAUCUUAUCAAUCAAGAACUCCUCGACCACUUUCCGCCCGAGCUCCCCGCAUACUUACACUGUACAGUACAAUGAAGUUUUGUAUAUUAUUCAGCCAGAAACCACCCACCCCACCCCCUUUCCUAUUACUUAACUUAAUUCAAAGAUAUAAGAAUUGUUUCAUUAUUGUUGCCAUUGACCACUAUCAUUUUCUAGACAUGUGCAACCCAUAUUCAUUCCACCUCCCCCGUUUGAAAAGAACUGCCUGCCUAACUUUUAAACCUACCUACCACCUUGAUCAGAGAGAAGAGAACUAUCCUAGUAAAAUCUAUAUUGAAACAAGUGAACAGGUAUAAACAAACAGGACACAAAAUACUCCGUAGGAUAUAUAGAAACGUCCAAGGACACAUUAGCCCCUCCCUUCAAUGUAUUUACAGACAUGCGGCCAGGAACAAAAAGAAAGGGAAAGGAAAGGAAAGGAAAGAAAAAGAAAAAGAAAA